CAAUAAAUAUAGAGAGAGAAAGUGGUAGAAUGCGAUUCGAACAGGUCAAGUAGAGAGAGAGAGAGAGCGUAGAAGUGGAGGGUCGCGUGAUGGUUGAUCCAUCAAUUUAAAGUAUGGAACUGCACAUCAAGGUUGCUCAAGCAGUCCACGUCCUCAAUCACGAUUCUCAAUCCUGCAACCGCGUCGCUGCCAAUCAAUGGCUCGUUCAGUUCCAACAGUCUGAUGCUGCUUGGGAGAUUGCUACUUCCAUCCUCACUUCCCACCACCACCACCCUUUCCUCUCUGACUACGAGGUCGAGUUUUUCGCCGCCCAGAUUCUCAAGCGCAAGAUCCAAAAUGAAUGCCAUAAUUUGCAAGGAGGAGCUAAGGACGCUCUGCUAAACGCUCUUCUAGUAGCUGCCAAGAGAUUCACCCCAGGCCCUCCUCAGCUCCUAACGCAGAUAUGCCUUGCGCUAUCGACACUCAUACUUCACGCCGCAGAGGAUGGGAAGCCCAUCGAGAAGCUCUUCUACAGCCUGCAGAAUUUGCAGAGCCAGGAUAAUGGGAAUGCCGCGGUUUUGGAGAUGCUCACGGUCUUGCCUGAAAUCAUAGAAGAUCAAAAUGGUGAUUUCAGUGUAUCCUCUGCUCGCCGGAAAGAGUAUGGACAAGAGCUUCUUGCGCAAACUCCCACUGUGCUUGAGUUUCUAAUGCAGCAGAUUGGUGAGGGUGUUGGCAGCCAUGACAGGAGCAGAAAGAUAUUACGUUGCUUGCUGAGCUGGGUUCGAGCUGGAUGCUUUUGUGAGAUUCCUCCAGGCUUUUUACCUGCCCAUCCACUUUUUAACUUUGUUUUCAGCUCCUUGCAGGUUGCGUCUUCAUUUGAGCUUGCUGUUGAGGUUCUUGUCGAGCUCGUGAGUCGACAUGAGGGCCUGCCUCAGGUUUUACUAUGCCGGAUUGGAUUUCUCAAGGAAGCACUUCUUUUUCCUGCUCUCAAAAGUGGAGAUAAGAAAGUGAUUGGAGGACUUGCAUCCUUAAUGUCAGAAAUCGGUCAAGCUGCACCCUUUCUAAUUGUGGAAGCAAAUACCGAAGCACUUGAGCUGGGACAUGCUCUAUUGAGUUGUGCAGCAUUUCCAAGUGAAGACUGGGAGAUUGUGGACUCAACCUUGCAAUUUUGGUGUAGCCUUUCUGGGCAUAUAAUUGCUCUCGAAGUAGAAAAUGCUGAAUAUAAGAAGAAGUUGCAGGAACGUUUUAGUCCCAUAUUUUCAGCAUUGGUUGAUGCUCUUCUGUUUCGUGUUCAGGUCAAUGACACAUUUGAUGAAAAUGGGAGAACCAUUGAGCUGCCUAGUGGCCUAGAGCAAUUUAGGAUGAAUUUGGUGGAACUUCUGGUGGACAUUUGUCAGCUCUUAGGACCUGCUUUGUUUAUCCAGAAGAUCUUCCUUCGGGACUGGAUACCUACCAGCAUGCAUAUCUCUUGGAGAGAGGUAGAAGCCAAAUUGUUCGUGCUUAAUGCGGUUUCUGAAGUUGUUCUUAAGGAGGAACAUCCUUUUGAUAUCUCUGUCAUUAUGGACUUGGUGAUGAUUUUGUCCAGCAAGUCAUCAGAGGAUCUAAGAGGAUUUAUGUGCCUUGUAUAUAAAGCUCUUGCUGAUGUUAUUGGUUCUUAUGCUAAGUGGAUCCCUACCUCUCAAACCAACACCAGACCUUUGAUAUUGUUUUUUGCUGCCGGGAUUACUCAACCAUUCUGUUCAAGUGCUUGUGCAUUUGGAUUUCGCAAAUUCUGUGAAGAAGCUGCUGCAGUGAUGCAUGAACCUUCCAAUCUGGAAAUCUUAAUUUGGAUAGGAGAGGGAUUGGAAGAUAGGAAGUUGCCCUUGGAGGAAGAGAAUGAAGUAGUUGGUGCUAUCAGUCUCAUACUCUGCACUGUUUCUGACAAGAUGCUGAUGCACAACAUGUUCGCUAGAUUGCUUUCUCCUUCUUAUGCAACUGUUGGAAAACUUAUCAAUGAAGAUCAUGGGCAUGCUCUGAGACACAAUCCAUCUAUAUAUACCCAUUUAGUUACCACAGCUGGAAGAGGGCUAAACAGGAUCGGCACUGUUUUCAGUUACCUGGCAUCACACCUCUCCGUUGAUCUGGGUCCAGAUGAAUCGAUCUUUGUAUUACUUGAGGCUUUCUGGCCAAUGCUCGAGAAACUCCUUAUAUCUGAUCAUAUUGAGAGUGGAAGCUUGUCUACAGCUGUUUGCAGGGCUCUUACACUAGCAAUUCAGGCAUCAGGCCACAAUUUUGGGCCACUAUUGCCGCAGGUGCUAGAUUCUAUAUCAGCAAAUUUUUUGAAAUUCUCAAGCCAUGAAUGCUACAUGAGAACAGCUUCGGUCAUUGUUGAAGAAUUUGGCUGCAAGGAGGAAUAUGGAUCUCUGUUUAUGAGUACAUUUGAAAGAUUCACUUGUUCACCAUCAGUAAUGGCUCUUACUUCAUCAUAUAUCUGUGAUCAAGAACCAGAUCUGGUUGAGGCAUACACAAAUUUUGCUUCUGUGUAUGUGCGCAGUUGUCCUAAGGAAAUAUUAGCUGCCUCUGGUUCUCUAUUUGAAGUAUCCUUGCCAAAGGCAGGGAUUUCUUGUACAGCUUUGCAUCGUGGUGCAGCUUUAUCAGCAAUGUCGUAUAUGAACUGCUUUCUGGAGAUGAGCAUUGGUGUGUUGGUGGAAGCUGAUGCUUCUAUACCUGGAAGAUCCGUUCAGGACAUGGUGAUGAGGGUGAUAUCCAUAUGUGGGGAGGGCUUGAUAUCGAAUCUGGUGUAUGCUCUUCUUGGCGUGUCGGCAAUGUCAAGGGUUCACAAAUGUGCAACGAUCCUUCAACAACUGGGCGCAAUGUGCAGCUUGAGUGAAAGACGAGAGUGGAAGGGCGUGGUUUGCUGGGAAAUGUUGCAACGUUGGCUUUACUCUGCGCUGCAUACCCUUCCCGGUGAGUAUCUAAAAGCAGGAGAAGUAGAAUGUUUAGUGCCAAACUGGAUGAAGGGAGUGGCGGCUGCAGCAUCGGACCGUCUGGAUAUGGAGAUGAACAGCCACAUGCGAGGCAAAGGUGGAAGACAUCUUAAGCGUUUAUUAAGAGAUUUUGCCAAUAAUCAUCGCAAUUUGACUUCUUAAACCCCUCUCUCUCUCUCUCUCUCUCUCUCUCUCUCUCAUCUCUACAUUAUUUAAUUUUCAUUUUGAAAAGUAGUGAUUUGUUAUUGUAUCACAAUUCACAGCCCCCCGUGUAUUCAUUCAUCACUUGAAAGGGAAAGGAAUAAAAUGGUGGGGAUUUGGUAAUCACAUCCCCAUCAACAAUCUUUCCAUUUUUUUCAA